AUGGAAGAAGACAAGUCCAAGCAAGCCGCGAAAAAGACAGACAUCUUUGUUCAUGGCGACAUCAGUUCUGUCAAAGCUCUGAUCAAGAUGUUAGCAAAUUUCUUUGCCUUUGUCAAAUACUGUGUCGAAGACUUUACCUUCGAUGACCCCCCAUUAAUUGUCACACUCUUGGAGGAUUUCAUGAACGCCCUCCACACACCUGCUGCCAAAGAUUGGAUCCGUUACAAUGCCGUAGUCCCACACCUCCCAUUGUGUGGGAGCCGCCAAAAACAAAACGACUCAAAGUAA